UGUAUCCUGCGAGGAGACUGGGAUACUGCCGCAUCCAAAUGAACCUCGCCUCUCUCUGCGUCGCUAACAGCAAAACAAAAAAAGAAGAAAUCGGUAGUUUCAGAAAAAGAUACAUCAAAUUAUAACAUGACUGAGAACACUAAAACGCACGUUAUUUUGCUUUCUUGUGGAAGUUUUAACCCCAUCACUAAAGGGCACAUUCAUAUGUUCGAAAAAGCCAGAGAAUACCUUCACAAAACAGGGAAGUUCAUUGUCAUUGGGGGGAUUAUUUCACCUGUACAUGACUCUUAUGGAAAACCGGGUCUGGUCCCCAGCAGACAUCGUCUCACCAUGUGUCAACUGGCAGUCCAGUCCUCUGACUGGAUCAGAGUGGAUCCCUGGGAGUGCUACCAGGACACAUGGCAGACGACAUGCAGCGUGCUGGAGCAUCACCGUGACCUCAUGAAGAGAGUCACCGGAUGUAUUCUGUCCAACGUGAACACACCAUCCAGCACUCCAGUGAUCGGCCAGCCACGGAAUGACACCCAGAACACCAUCUAUCAGAACCACAACACGAAUAACAACAAGCCCACGGCCACUAAGCUGUGGGGGAAGAUGAGUGAGAGCUUGGGCAAGAUUUGUUGUGUUCGCCCCCACAUUGACCGGUUCACAUUUGUGGAUGAAAAUGCCAACCUUGGUACUGCAAUGCGCUAUGAGGAAAUUGAGUUGCGCAUCUUGCUCUUGUGUGGCAGUGAUCUCCUAGAGUCGUUUUGUAUUCCGGGCCUAUGGAAAGACAGUGAUAUGGAGGUGAUUGUGGGAGACUUUGGGAUUGUCGUUGUGCCUCGGGAUGGAGUUGAUACAGAGAGAAUAAUGAACCAUUCUUCUGUGCUGCGCAAGUACAAGGAUAACAUCAUCGUAGUUAAAGACGACGUCAACCACCCAAUGUCCAUCGUCAGUUCAACCAAGAGCAGACUGGCCCUGCAGCACGGGGACGGACACGUGGUGGACUACCUGAACCAGCCGGUCAUUGACUACAUCCUGCAGAGUCAACUCUACAUCAAUGCCUCUGGAUAGGAACUACUGCCCCAGACUGCUGGCCAACUCGUCCCUGUCUGUCUUUCAUGUGAAACGUAUAAUCGAGCUGUCGCAUUUCCAUUUAAGGAGUGUUAGGUGUCCAUGUCCCUUCUGACUGUGUUAAAGUGACUCAUCGAACCUGUGGAUGUACAGCCAGGUGCCUGAAGGCUGUGUGGCACCUCCCACAAGCGAGUACGCGAAGGCUCUUGCAGCCUCUGUGGGAUAGAGAUGGCAUUUAGGCCCGCGUCCCAAAUGGCAACCCUAUUCCCUGCGUGGCACACUACUUUUGAUGAUGGUAUACAGGGCUCUGGUGAAAAGUAGCGUGCUUUUAUAAGGAACACAGUGCCAUUUUGGGCCACAGGCUUGGUGUAGAAAGCUGGUGCAAAGAUUGUUAGCUAAUGAAUGUUGGCAUUUGCUGUUUCAUUUAAAUCUGUCAGUCUUUAGAUUUUAAAGGAUUCCUUUUUUUUUUUGCAUGUUCCAAUUGUUUUUGUUUUGGCAUGAGUACUAACUCACUUCGUAGAUAUGAGAUGUUGUGAAAGUGUUUCCAUAGAAACCAACAUAUAGUGGGUAUCCACCUUCAUUUUCUAGUCACUCGGAUUCUACUGUUUGUAUAGAAAUGUCUCUAUGUAUCUGCGAUUGCAUACCAACGCCAAAAUGUUUCGUCUUCAGUAGGCAUUCAUGUAAAAUUUGUUUGCGCAUAAGAGAAUGUUUUUUUUGUAUUUGUACAUUGUUCUUUUUGUUUGCUAAGGAUUUUACAUGUUUUUUCUGCAUGCCACCAAGCAAAUGGACUACUCAAGAAACAAAUGCAAUGAACCUCUUUCUUACUAUGUAGCUAGCUACUCGACAUUCUACUUAGUGAAAAAACAACAGCACAACCUAUAGAAGUGCAUUUCAUGUGCCUGAGGAUGAAUCACGGAUACUAAAGUCUCCCUCUCCCUUGCACUCGACACUGUCAUAAUAUCAUGAACCUGAAAUAAAGUUGUGCUCAAAUGAUGUUGUACUGCAAAGGAGAAGGGGACAUAGCUUUUGAUCAAUAGCUUCUUACUGGAGCUCCUCCUGUUCAGUGCUUGGACACUUUAGACUGUUUAGUUUAAUGAGCGCUGAGUGUAACCAUUGACCCGCACAAUAAUGAUUCCACAGGCUUACUGCAAGAAAGCCUAAAGGGUGUAUACAGGAUAAUAUCCAAAUUCUGCUCCAUUGGUCGAUGCAAGAUAUACAGUUAUUUGGUUUAAGUGGCUCAAAUUGUGACCGACGCGUCUUGCAUAUAUAUACAUGCGUGUCCAUUAACAAUAUUGUUAUUCAAUUUUAAUAGCCAAUGAAACAAAAACAAGAUACAUUCCAAUGCCUCCUGGAAAUCUCGUAAUUCAUUCUUUUUUUAAGAGAGAAACAAGUGCAACUGGUUGUCAAUAUAGUUGUGUUCUCCAGCCUUUUGGAGAGCCUAGAGGGGAGGCGUGAUGCAAUCAAUCGUACAACGUGUGUAAGAUGCUCCAGACUCACAACAUUGAUUCUUAUGUGGUCUCCAAAUGUAAUGAUGAACAAACCUAACUGGGUUCAAUAUCCCUUCAAGCGGUCGGUCAGUGCUAUACAUGCCUCCACUGAGUCUUCAUAUCUAACACCUCGCUUACAUAUAAGAAGUUAUUUAUUAUUUUGAAGACAGGUUUCAGAUAAACAAGACGUAGUGGAACAUCUCAGAUGAAAAAAGUAUCAUAGUAUGGACUCAGUCCCUGAGUGGGUGGUAUAGGCCUUAAAGUAACUGUGUAGUACGAAUCUCACUUUUAAAAGUGGAUAUUCUGUUUACUCAUAAACAAUGUCAUCCUAUAAUUGUGGCCCAAGCAUGAAUUGGAUGAAGAAAACUGUUGAAAAAAAUAUCAGACUGUUUAAAAAAAGAAAAAAGCUUGCUAUUUCAUCACAGAAGAUGUCAUCCUACAGAGAAGGAUGAAUUGACCAAAAGAUGAACAAACAAUGUUACUUCUACAUUUUAUUGGUCUACUUGCAUGAAUCUUUUUAAAUGACCGGUAUGGGUCCUACACUACGAUGUUGUUGGGGUAUGUCCACAUAAUUCCAAAAAAUUCCAGAGCACUUAACAUACUUGGUUGAAUCGUGCAGGCAAUUUUAUUAACGCUUUAUUAAUAUAAGUGUUUUUGUUUUGGUAGGAAACCAAUUGUAAUUAAUAAGAAGACUAUAUUUCAUAGAAAUCCGUGGGGAAAAAACUAAGCAGUUACUUUGAGUCUGUUUAAAAUAUAUAACUCAAUAAAUAUUUAAUCGAUACUUUAUUCUGAUAAUUGAUUUAUUUGGUAAGGAGUCGUGAACACAAAGCUUGAGGGAAUUCCGUGUUAAAUUACAGUUCAACUUUCAGAUCAGGUUUGGAAAUGAUUUGUAUUUUCGCAUCUUUGAUGGUGGACUGAAUAGACUGACAACUUAUUUGCUCUCAGUCUUUUAAAACCUGCAUAAUAAACCAAGUGUGUAAUCUCA